CCUCGCCGUGCAGAAUUGGCGCCGGCAAGAGGCCGCUGUGGCAUCGCGUUUGGCGUCCUUCCCACCCCCUUCCCCUCGGUUUCGCUCCUGGAGGAGUUGCUUGUUGAGGUUUUGGUUGUUUUGGGUUUUUUUUUCCGAUAGUUUUUGGUUUUUGUUGUUUUUUUUUUUUUCAAUUUCGAACCUGCGUCUUGAUUUUUUUUAAACAAACAAACAAACCCGCUCGCCCCCCAUAACCCCCCGCACACAAGCCUGCCUCGGAGAGGGAAAUAGCCAGGUGGAAUCUCACUCUGUUUCCAUGGACAACCCGUCCAUUAUCACCCAGGUGACUAACCCCAAAGAGGAGGAGAUCCUGUCCUGCACUCAGGAUAAAGUGUCCCAAUGUAAUAUCAGCUUGAAGAAGCAGAGGAGUCGAAGUAUCUUUAGCACCUUAUUCUGCUGCUUUCGUGACUACAAUGUCGAGCCACCAUCCACCAACAGCACCAGUGCUCUGCCUCCUUUGGUGGAGGAGAAUGGAGGACUUCAGAAGGGUGACCAGAUGCAGGUCAUGCCUAUACCAAGUGGAAUUUACUAUUUCCACGGGACUGAAGCAGUGCAGCAGUCGUUCCACUACAAGCCACCAGCUAAAUACCUCCUGCCAGAACUGACAGCAUCAGACUAUGGGAAGAAGUGUGUGGUCAUUGAUUUAGAUGAAACUUUAGUGCACAGUUCAUUUAAGCCAAUUAGCAAUGCUGAUUUCAUCGUUCCUGUUGAAAUUGAUGGAACCAUACAUCAGGUUUAUGUAUUGAAACGACCACAUGUGGACGAGUUUCUUCAGAGGAUGGGAGAGCUCUUUGAAUGUGUACUCUUCACAGCCAGUCUAGCCAAGUAUGCAGACCCAGUAGCUGACUUACUGGAUCGCUGGGGUGUGUUCAGGGCAAGGCUCUUUAGAGAAUCCUGUGUUUUCCACCGAGGCAAUUAUGUGAAGGAUCUGAGUCGACUGGGCCGUGAGCUGAGUAAAGUUAUUAUAGUAGAUAAUUCUCCUGCAUCUUACAUCUUCCAUCCUGAAAAUGCAGUGCCUGUGCAGUCCUGGUUUGAUGACAUGACAGACACAGAGCUGCUAGAUCUUAUUCCUUUCUUUGAAGGACUAAGCAAAGAGGAAGAAGUUUACAGUAUGCUUCAUAAACUCUGCAACAGGUAGCCCUUAACUCUGACUGACUCCUGCUCCUAGAUUGCAGUUGCUGGAGGCUGUCUCCAUCUCUUUCAGCUCUUUCAAAUGUAAGCUUGGGGAGGUCACCCCAGUCAGAAGUGCUACUCUUGAUCUUCCUGUUACAUUGGACACGAAGGACAAUCAUGAGUGAUGCUAUUAAGCCUUCAGAAGCCUGACUCCUAAGGUCAUGUGUUCAGACUACUUUUUUAAAGGAAAAAAAAAAAAAGCUAUUUUAAAUGGGACUCUUUUAAUUAAUUUCAUAAAUGGACAUCUUUUACUGGAUCAGCUUUUCUUAAAACAUGCCAAAAAAAAGAAGCUUGUAUUUCAGCAGUUGAAUUUCUCUCCCUUUCUUCCCCUCCCACUAUGCAGACAAUUUUACUCCCCUGCUUAGAGCAGUUGACCUGACUCUGAAUUUUUUCUUACAGAAUGAAGUGCCUUUUUGAAUGUUAUUUUAAGAUAAAAAUUCAUUUUUGUAUAAGACGUAUUUCCAGACAUCUUUUAGUCUUGUAUUGUCUAAAUGCUUUAAAAGGAAAAAGGAAAAAAAAAUUUAUAGAGCACUGUAAUAUAUAACAAAGGAAAAAGUUGAAACCAAGAUGCUGGGUUCCUGUCUCCACGAUGACAAUGAGUUGUGUUACACUUUGUCAUGCUCAGAAGGUUCAGGCGGUCGUGGGAGGGGUGAACUGGGGUCAUUAACAUGGUUGUUUCGCUGAUGAGGAUUUUGGGCACAGUUUUAAAACAUAUCUGCAGUUGUUUGAGUAUUUAGGGAGUGAUGGAGUUGAGGAAAUGAGGUGGCUGAUAGACCUGAAGCACCUUUAAUUGCAGACAGAUGAAGUUCUGCUGUCUCUGCUCACGCACAACUGCCAUGCCUCUUCUUUUUUGGAAAACCAUUCUCUUGGGAGAACAGCAAGGAGAUCUAUUUAUUAGCUUAAGAUUCUUUUCUCAAAACAACCCAUCUGGGGAAGCUGGAUCUACAUUGAGCUGUUUGGAGUACUUUUUUCUUUUCAUUGCUGCUACUGUAUACUCACCAAAUGGAGUUGACCAUCGGCUGUUAUACUGUUUUUGCCACUGUGCCUGUGCUAUGAGACAUUUUCUGUAAGCUGCAAACUUGGGCAAUAAAUAAAAUGCAGGCUUCAUAACCCACCCCCAUGGAUUAAUCCAUUGGUAUUUGAUAUACCAGUUAAAGGUGACCUGUAAAGGAUUUUUUUUUCAAUUUUUUCAGUUAAGAUGAAGCCCUGUCCUUUCUUUGAUACAUGAAAAUGUAGGAAGUUUGGUGCCCACACCUUUGAUUUGUAUUUCUUUUCCCCCAAGGUGUGAGGUGCAGAUUAUGAGCUGUAUCAAGUCUUGCUGGAAGGGCAGAAGUUACUAGCCUAGACUAAAAUUGGUCCUCUGGCUUUGGAGUUGAGUUAGACUCAUCUCUGAAUCUGAGAGCCUGCUUAACAUCUUCUGCAGUGCCAUAGGUAUUUCAAAUGAACUAUUUUUAAAUACUUUAUGCCUUUGAAGAACAAGGCACACCUUUUUUUCCCUCCCCCUUUCCAGUGUCACCUUUCAGUUAUUGUCCACAGCAGAAAUCUGCAAACAUAAAAAGUGCAGCUGCGUUUGGCUGUCAUCAGAGAAGACUAAAUGGAUUAUUUGGUGCUUCUAAUUAGCCUUGUGCUAAAUUCUGAAUUGUAGACCCCCUUUGCCUUUUUUCUUUUCCUCAGAAAGUCCCAAUGACUUGGGAAAAA